AUGGAGCUACAAAGUGCACUUCUGUUGGUCUGUCUAUUGAGGACAAGCUUUGCUCUGCCAGUGCAGAUUGGAAUUAUUGCAAGCAAUAGCAAUGAGAUCCUGAGACUGAAUGGACUAACUCUUGCAGCUCUCGGACAAACACAGGCGUCUUUAAUAUUACCCCAGUAUGUGCUUCAGCAGCAGCAGCCUGAGGUGCUGUUCACUCCACAGGUGGUGAACUUGAACCCCCAGAUGGCGGGUCCUUUUGGUCCCCAGGGGCCUCAGCUGUUGCUUCCCACCCAAGGCAACCAGGUAACACCCAUGCUUGUCCCCAACGGCCAGCAAGAGCAGCUCGGGCCUCCACAGGACCCCAACGCUCCUAAUGUCCCUCAGCAGGCACAAAACCCAAUGCAGAUGUUUCCACAGUUUCAGUACCCUGCUUAUGGAUUUCCUCAGUUUCCUAGACAUCAGGGCUUCCCGUACUUUGUGCCCUCUUACGGCUAUCCCCAGCAGAGGAACACUGUGGUGCUGCAGCCCAACAAGGGCCAGCAGAACCUGGAGAGAACCACACAGAGACCACAGCUCCCUCUGCAGCAGGCUUCCCAGCCCAAGGUGCAGACAGAACAAAAGGAGUCUACUACAAUUCCUCCUGAUCCUCGUGGUGACACUUCAGGCCCUGGGAUUGACGAGGGUCACUCCAACUUCCCCUUCCUGUUUGAGCCUUAG